AUGUACAUAUUGAGAUGCCCAUUCGCAUUGAUAUAUAUCAAUUCCUUAUUAUCUGCAAAUACAUCUACAUUUGCCUUUUUACGCAAUUCCAACAUUUCAACCUUAAAAUGUCUUAACCAAAGAUUUUUGAAAGAAACAAAACCUUUUGUUUCUAAUGGUAUAGAUAGCUCCAUUCCCAUUUACAGAGGUUUACGAUGUAGGUUGUAUUCAAAUGCAUCCAACACUUUUUAUGACAAUGUUACGUCUAUAUCAGACAAAAUUAGGAGCGACUCUAUCAUUCUUAAGGAACAAGAAAAGGGUAAUACUCAGAUAUAUAAACAGCUCUUGCAAGAUUGCGGAAAGAACUUUACUCACUUGGUGAAUUACAGUAAAGAGUUGAACGUAGUAUUUAAAAAGGCAGCAUUUAUUGGAGCUACAGAAUUUGACUCCAAGUAUCAUAACCCAGAAGUUUUUGGUUCUAUCUUGCAUUUCAGAGGUUUUGAAUAUGCAGAGUCUCUUUGCCUUGUUUUUAGUUCUGCAAUGUUUCCUUUGAUUCCAUCUCCGGCGGCAAAUUAUAUAAAUGCAAAUGAAAGGACACUAUCAUAUUUUGAACGUAUUAUGUCUGGCAUUUCUGGACUUAGAGUUAAGAAAAUACAUUGUCCAUAUCCAUUCAGGAAUAUUUUAUCGAUUGAAUUUGUAGAUGCCCAAAGUAUAACCGGAUCUGGGAAUACCCCUGCAUACGAAAUUCUCAUAAUUUGUGAUAGGGUAAACAAAUUACUUUUGUUAGAAUCAGAAUCGCAAACAAUAUUACUCACAUCGGAAUGCGCAGAUGAAAAAGAGGGAUUGCAAUUUGGGGUUGGAAAAAAGUUCCUUUUACCUGAACCUAAGCAUAUAGUCCCGAGUAAGAAUGACACAUUUUCGCUAUUUAAUGAAAGAUUUUCAACAUGCCAGCACAUGAGCUUAAUAAAGUCCAUGCUAAAAACAUAUGAGGGUAUAGACAAGACUUUUGUGCAACAAUUAGCGGAAAAAGUUGAGGUGGAUCCGCUAACACACGUUUCUAAAAUUGAAAACCUAGAGAGCUUCUACAAUGCGUUUUAUAGUGAAGUUACAACUCUCAGUGAAAUUUCAGAUGACUAUAUACAAACUAGUGCAACAUCUACUGAAAUGAAUGUGGACAAACUACAAGAUGGACCAAAGCCACAGACGCACAUUGAGAAUAUAUACAAUCUUUGGGGUACAUUUUGUCCUAUAUAUAAGCAUAACAGGCUUGCAGAAAAGUGCGAUGUACUCAUUAAAGAAACCAUUGAUCGGUUAACACGUAUAGCUGCUCAAUGCGAGAAUGACCCUCAGCAGGCUGAGAGAUUUGCAAAGGUUUCAGAGAGGAUUAAUAGUAUAGAUGCAUACAAAAGUCUAUUGGAUGCAAUGCCCAAGUUUAGAAAGGCAGAUGAAUUUGAAACCUUAACUUCCUUGUACAAUGAGGUUACCGCGUUAGGUGAUCUAGUGAACUAUAAGAGAUUAUCCAGAGUGAACAGGAAGAGAGCAAUAGAGGAAAAAGAGGAUAAAGUGAAAAAAACAAAAGAUGUAUACAAAGGUAUUCUUAUUCUACGUGUUAACGAACGCGAAGAUUCUCCCAUGAUAAUCGUUGGAAAAAAUGCAAAACAAAAUGAGACAGUAACUCAUGAAAUAGGAACGCCUGGGGACUUAUGGCUGCAUGUAAGGGAUUAUCCAGGAGGACAUAUCUUACUUAGAGGAUACAAGAAUGACGAAAAUAGCAUACAAAUGGCUGCAGAUGUUGCAAGCUUUGUUUCAAAGGGAAAGGACUGCAAUAAUGUGCAGGUAUGUGUCGCCAAAAUUGAAAAUGUAAAAAAACAUCCUGGAGCUGAACUUGGAGCUGUUUCGGUUCGAGAGUAUAGAGUAGUAACUGGUCAUCCAAAACGAGGAAUGAGGCUAAUAGAGAUGGAUAAGGCAGAUAAGCAAGCACAAACUUCGCAAAAGAAUUGA